AAAAAAGAUAAAACAGUAACAUUGUAGUCAUUGUACAAACUUUCACGAUUUUCUGCCAGUUUCAAAAUGAGAUAAUAUCACAGUGUACUGCUUCUGUGAUGUGUGAAGGGUGUUUGUAAACUGACAAGUGAUAAGGGAGGCAAUAUAGAGGUCUAGCCAAGGCAUGUGACAUGACAACAACACGUUGUGAGAGUCACAUGCUAUGUGGAUGAACGUCACAGUUUGUCCACACCACAGCUUUCAUGACAGGAGUCUUCCUGAAGCCUACGAUGGGAUUUUUAACACUUGCAGACAACAACAACAAUAUUUCCAGGCUAAGCAAAAAGACUUACGAGAAACCCUUAAAACAAGUUCAAUGUUCUACUCCAAAGUUAGACAAAGAGAAGAUUCGAUUGCUGGUCAUAGGAGACACAGAGAAAGGGCGAAUUCCCUACUUUGACUCUAAUGCCAUCCUCAGACUUGAUGACAAGGGGGUGGAGCAGCCAAACAAGCCUCUGAAAUCAGCAUGUAAGCUUGUUCUAGGCAAUAAACAGCUAAAAGAUUCAUCUGGAUGUUCACCAUCAAAAAAUGGAGUCACGUAUCAGUUUCAUCGCUUGGGAAAUGAUGUCAAGGUAUUGGAGGAGAUGAUGUUUGGCACUGUUGGUACGGCAUAUAAGGGAUCUACGUUAAAAAUUCACCAUAUGAGGUCAUCGUCUCAACUUAUGGUGACAAAAGUGUUUUAUCCUCAAAAGCCUAAGGCUGAUUCAUCAUGUGUUGGAGAUGUAGAUUCAGAUUCAAGUGGCUUCUCUAGUUCCUAUGCAGAACAGUUGGGUUCUGGAGAUUUCCUAGCUACGUCUCAACGUAGAAUCAAAAAUCAUGUCACCAGCAUCCCUGUGGAUGUUCCUCAGGUCCGAAAAACCCUUGCUGAUAGCAUGGAUGAAGACACUGCAUUGGGCUCCUUGACCUCAAGUGGCAGUUUUCAGUCCAUGUUUCCCUCUCCUAGUAACAGUAGUGCCAGCAGCUAUAACAGUUUGCAUCGGCGAUGGAUGCGCUCCCAGAUAACAUCCUUACAGAGCCAGGCACGCCGGUGGAACUCACAAGAAACCCUCAAUAGCCCUGAAAGUUCACAACUUCCAAAGAAAAAGCAGUGCAAGCUUGCUGUAGGGAUUGUCUUUCUCAUGACUGAUGAAAAAGAUGAAGAACACAGACUGUUUCAGAGCUUUUUCUUUUCCCACAUGGCCCUGAUUGAGGGACAUGUUGAGCAACUGCGCAGUGCCGUUGAAAGGGGUUUCUUCAGCGGUCGUAACCUGGUUCCUAUUCUUUUUGAAGCUUUGGACAGGUUUAAGGAUGCUUUGCAUGACCUGUACAUGGCCCCCCGCCUGCAGAAACCAGUGUGGCUUAGCAUGAUGUCACUUGGCAGCUACCGUUAUGCACUUUGUGAUCAGUUUGUUCACGAGUUCAUGGCACUGGCCACCAAGUAUGACAACAAAUCUUACAAAUUCUUUGUCAGCACAUUGAUAUCUGCUGUCCUAACUUACCAUUUGGCAUGGGUAGCAACUGUUACACCAGGAGAUGGUGCACCAUCUAAGACCUAUUUGGACAAACACUCAGCAAAAUGGGUUGAUACCCUGGCAAAGACUCACCCAUACAAUCCAUUAUGGGCCCAGCUAGGAGAUUUAUAUGGUGCAAUUGGGCAGCCACCAAAAGUUGCACGGACAGUAGUGGUUGGACGAAAGGCAGAUGUUGUCAACAAAUUUCUGUAUGUGCUGAGCUACUUUAUUCGCUGCAGUGAUGUUCGUGAGGUCCCAUACUCUCAGUCUCUGUCAGCCCUUCUUGAAGAGCAGAACUGGGAACACAGUUCAAUCCCAUCUAAAGAAGACUCGGCCAGUACUGUGAACAUGCUGGAAUGUAACCAGACUGUGUCAUUAGAAGCAGAGCUUCACACAACACAAUCCCACAGUGAGAUAUUGGACCCAAGUAGCAGUUCAAUACACUUAUCCUCAUGUCUUUGUCCAUCUUGUAGUGAUUUCAGUAGUGAAAACUGUGGCAGUGAGAGGACUUCAGAUGUCGGGCAUGAUGAAAUCACAAAAACCAGAGUGAAUAAGGAAACUAUGAAUGGCUGUGUUCUUGCUUCAUCUCAGCAUGACUUAGCCUUUUCAGAGCGUAUGGGACUGAGUGAACUGAAUCCUCUCCUGGUCUCAUUAGAGAAUGGCAGUGACAAAAUUGAGAAGGGUGUCGUUUGCAUCCUAUCUACUGUGCAGCCUAAGGAGCAGAUAAAGAAAGAAAAUGUUCAGCAUGUCCGCAGAUCUGCUGAAAGUGAGCGUGUCCUUGUCUCAACAGGAACUGCUCUGCCUGAGCCAGAAAGCAAACCAGACUCAAGCACUAAACGGCCAAUGUCACUGUUAGCUCAGCAGCUAGAGCAAAAAAAGCGGGAUGAAGCCCGAAGUAAAUUUCUGGCAGAAGGAAGCAACAGCAUGUUUGAAGAAUAUUUUGAAGAGGGCAUAGAGGUCAAGGUUAUCGAUGACAUUUGUGAGCAGCAUCGGUUGGUGUCACAUCCUUUAGCUACCAUGGCUCCUGCUGACAUUGGAACGGCUGCAUUUUGUACUGGGGACAUUGCUGCGGGUCAGCAGAAAAUCUUAAUGCCAUCCAGGCAAAACAGUGUGGAAUGGAAGCCUUUGGUGUCAGGACCAAGCACAUUCAAUCCAGGAAGGUGCAGGUCAGUAAGGCCAGCAGAGCUAAAUCGACGCAGACAUCUGUCUUCAACUAGCAGUUUAGACCUGGAGACUUUUGACCCACUUGAACACUGCCAGGAAAUUCCCAUGCUGAGUGUUGAGUUACAAGGAGAUCAAUCCAGCGUUGAGGCAUUUGACAAAAACUUUGGGCGUUCUCUUCUCGCUGGCUUUAGUGAUCACUAUAUGUCAGACUUUGUUUUGCAUGGCACUUCUGAUACCUCUUUUCGACCCAAGCUAAUGCAGGACCUCCAGGCCUCUUUGCAGCAUUCUGUUCUAGAUGAGCCAGUGGCAGAAUCUGUCUGCAUCAUUGCUGAUACAGACAGUUGGACUGUGGAAGUUGCCAGUAGUCGGCUUUUUGAUAUUAAUCCUUUGGGCGUUGUACCCUGGACUGCCUCGCAGCUUGUCAUGAGCCUCACUGAGUCUAUGCUAGACCUGAAUCACCUAAAGAUGAGUUCAGAAUUUUGCAUCAUGCAUCUUGAGGACAGAAUGCAAGAGCUAUAUUUCAAGAGCUUAAUGCUUGCUGAGUACAUUAAGGGCAUGGGCCGCUACAAUUUGCACCAUCUCAAUACUGUGCUUGGGUUUGAUGCCAGUGACAUUCCCCUGCUGCUGGCCAUUGCAGGAACACAUACACCAAACCUAGCCCUUGGUAUUUGAACGUACAUUAUAGUGCCUAACAUGAAAAUGAGAGGAUCUUGCAGUAAUAUUAUUAUAAUAAACAUGUGAUUUAUAGAGCGCUUGAUAGUGCUCAUGAAGGAGCAUGCUCUUAGCGCUUGAGACAAUGAGACAUGGACACCAUACGAUGAGCGGAAAGAUAAACAAGAGUACUGAAAAGUACAUUGUAGCUGUUGCCGACAGUCUGUUCCUUGACAAGUGAAUUGUUUUCAACUCUAAACAUGAGUCCUGCAUUUACUUUAAAGAGUAGGCUGAGCAAACAGAAGUGGAUGUCAAUGCAAUUGGUGGUUGAAAGGAGGAGAAAAAAAUGGUGCUUCUGGAGUCAUUGUAGUGUCAAUUCUCACAUCCAGAUGUGUUUGCAUGCCUUUGGUGCUUCACGAUCUGUUUCACUUGGAACUUAAUAGCAGAAGCAGAGCUAUCUGUACUCCAUACCAGUGACCUUGGUGUCAGAGAAAUAAGCACGUGAGAUACCGCUUCGAUCCAUAGUGCUUGUACUUGGGUAGAUUGAGCCAGAACCAAAAAGCCUGUAUACUCAGUUUGGGACAAUGCAUUCUACUUUUGCACACGUUUUAUUUGACAGGUGGAAUGUAGGGUCUUUUUCAUCAAACUGGUUUUAUGGAACAUUGUCCAAGUGAAAGAUGUACAACACAUCCUAUACUCUCAGGGUUGUAAUCUUGCGUUAAGCUAGAUGCGCAAAUGCUUUCCCUUCAUACCUUUGAAACCAACAUAUCAUAUUGUUUGUGAGAUAGGAACUAAACAGCAGUUAAAGGAGGGAUUGAUAAACAGGCCUGUGUGAAAACACUGCUCACUUUUCAAUAAAAAUGCUUAGCACAGCUGCUGUAUCCAUGAAUAUUAUGAACAGUUGGUAGCUGCUUUGUGGAACCAGCAUGGAGAUCCUUGACAACUUGCAAGGACUAUUAUGCAUGCCUUACCAUCUCAUGCUUGUGAUUACCAUUAGCCAAGUCUUUAUCUUUUGUGUUGUGUAAUAGUUGGAUGAAAGAUUGGCAGCUAACAUUUUACCAUUUCUUUGUCUCUUUCAUAUCCUUUGAAAAAUUUAGAUAGUAUAAUUGUUAGGUCUUAUCCCUCACCAGUGCAAGGGUUCUGGACCUAAUCUGCUCUGUGCUAUAUAUAUAUACACACACACUUGCGAUUGCUUCCCCACAAUUUUAAAUGAUGAUCAAAAAAUCUUAAAUGGUGUAUAAUUGGUUAGCUAAGGUCUUCAGCUGAGUAAGCUAUUUAGACUGCACUAUUGCACACAUUUUUUAAAGAUGUUUGGACAGAGGAAAGGCACUAUUUGACUUGGGGGUUGUCAUAUGUUUUCAAUUAUUUCCUGCAGAACAGAUAAAACAUGCAGCUGAAGGCUAUUAUCCUUGUACAUAGCCUUUGCUUGUUCAACAUUUUGCUUGGAUGCUUAUGUAGCAAUUAGUUGAUUCUUCUAAGUCAUAAGUUUCAGGGCUUCUGUAACUUAAAAUGAUUUUUUAAAAUGACUAUUUCUUGAAUAACCCAGGAUGCCUAUUAUAGUUCACAGUUUGUUUUUCCUAUUUGCUCACUGCAAAAGAUGGUUUCCCAAACACUUAAGUCUCCCACUCUUAAAGCCUUUGUUAUGCCGAUGAAUUGCUCAUCUGUCAAAUACUCGCUCUGUAAAGAUGAUGCCUGUCUGGAAAAGAUGGUUUCUUGUAACCAUUUCAGCAUUUUUAAAAAAAAAAUCAUGAAGGUAGUUAACUGUACUUUCCAAUCAGUGCAUAAAGUUUUGGUGCCUCAUAGAAACCAUUUUGAAGCAGUCUAAAGUAGGAGUAUCUUAUUUUUUCCAAUCAUUCUGCAAGUAUUUACAGGUGUGUUUUCCAUUCAUAGAUACCUCUAAUUUGCUGAGAAUGUAGCAGCAACAAUUUAAAGAUUUAUAUAUAUUUUUUUUUUAACUUGCUAUGUUUGGUAGAUCUGUUGCAUUCAGCAUGUUUCUUGAUCUAUGGUGUAUGUUCAAAAGCCUUUACAAUGUAUACUUGAGGUAGAUGGCAAAUAUAUUACAUGGGCUUUGUCUUGUUCGAGCAGCUGCUGGUAGAUGUUAAUACCAGUGCUGGUGUGAUCAUGUUUACUGCUGACAGCAUACAUUAUGCAACAUGCAUUAACAAAAAUCCUUUAUCACUAAUUAACAGAAUCUGCACGUUAUCUUUCAAGGCUUUUGAACAGUAUGGUACACACACCUGGAGAUAAAUACAUUAAAAUGUUGACUACAUACAAGAAGUAGAGGUAUAAGGUAUUUUUCUUUACACUAGUUUGCCAAUGAAUUGUUAAAUGUAUACUUCAAAUGGUGCUACUUUUUUCUAUGAACUUGCUGGCUGCAUUUUUUAAUAUUUCAGAUUGUUACCCAGUACUUCUCACUUCUUAAAAAAAAGUACUGUAGCUGUGUCUAUAUUUCUUGCCACAUUUAGUCUUGUUAAAUGAAUGCUGUCUUUUAUGUGAUACAAUUGAGAUCUGAAUACAUCAAAACACUUGCACAUGCAGUCACUUCAGUAUAUUUAAAUACAUUCAUUUAUAUAUGUCAUAGUGUGAAGAAAAUAAAAAUGUCACAUGAUGGUGAUGAAUGACCCAUUGUUGAGUGUUUUUAGCAUGCACAUGUCAGUUUUAUGUGUAGGGAUAAAAACAUUUGUAUUUACCUGCAAAUCUGAUCUUACAGGCCAGAUCACACUUACAAAGAUCUGUGAUAGUUGAUACCAGAAACUGAUAUAAUUAUUUUGUGGGAGUUCCUGUUGAAAACUGUGAAGCUAUUAGAAAAUUGUUACAAAAUGUUUGAAUGCAUCUUUAUGCUUUUUUUUUGUGCAUGUUCUUUUGUGUAUUUCAGCCAUACAAAUUUUUUUUAUAGAUAUUUUCAGGUACCAUUCUAGCAAAAAUGAAGUCUGACUGAGUUCCAUAAAAAAGUAACUUUAAUGUUUCCCUUUUUUCAUGAAAUGUUAUACAGUUAAAACAAAUAAGCAUUAUGGGAACAGGGAGUUGGUUUGUAUAAUAAUGCUUUUAAUUUCUUUUUUUGUUCAAGCCACAGACCUCCCAAUACCAGUCUUUACCUCUAGUAUGUGUGACAAAUAAGGUUCACAACUAUUCCUGUCCUUCAGAAUGUAACUUUUUUCUGUCCUGGUAUAGUGAAUUUCAAAAGAUUAAAGGGUUCAUUGUACUUUGCUGCUUCCAUGCAGAUUCUUUAAGUGCAUUGUUGUUUACUUCAGAUUUUUUGGAAGGGUGCAAGUCAUUUAUGUAAACUUGCAAAUUGUUUAAGUGUUUUAUGUCGCGUAAAAGAUUAUUCUUCUGAACAUGCUUUCUCCCUCGCUAUGAUCAGAUUGGCCAGGGGUAAAAUUCUUUGUAAUAGUUUUAUAAUAAGCUUUUCAUGAGGGAAAUACUAGACUGUAUUCAGCUGUGUGCAUGCAUGCUUCUUAUUUAAAGUGUUUGUAAUUUGAGGAAAGUGAAAGUUUCAUUUGAUAAUGAGAGUGUGUGUGUGGGGUGGGGGGUGAGCAUACUCAUGACAUCUUCAUGUGAUGUUCUUGUGUAUAUCAAGAUUUAUGGGAAAAUAAACAUUUUGUAAAAGUG